AUGGUCAGAUCUCGGAAGGGCUCAACUGUACAACGGAGCAACCCAUUAGGACCAACGAACCUGCAAACUGGAAUACGAACCGACGACGAUGAUGAUGAAGAAGGCUAUAUUCAGACUCAGCAGCAGCAUCAAGCAGAAACAAACCAAACAGCAUCACUAGAAGAACCAUUACUGAAAUCUGAUAACCACCAAGCAUCACGCCAAAAGAAGAACGACCUCGAACCCUUUCCAACUUCCACCUUCCUGAUCUCCUCACUCAUCGCGCUAGGCCUAUUCCUACUCUUCUUCUGUCUAGCCCCAUCCAUCUCACCACUCUUCCCACGAGCGACUACCCCUCAUCUCUCAGCAACAACAACAACGACGGGCACUGCCACUGACCAAAGCAAUCCUCCAACUAGCUCCAAGAAACCUACCUCGAAAUUCGUAAAACCGUCUGCCCCACCCGGUAGUAUUACCGACAAUACAGACAACUGGGCUAAUCAAGGCGGUGGCUGGAAGGACUCAGACCCAGAUGCUGAGGACAAGAUCGCUGAAAUCGGAGCACCGCUAUUCAACGGGACCCAUCGAUUCAAAAAAACGGUGAUCAUCGUCUCCUUGGAUGGGUUCAGAGCAGAAUAUCUAGAGAGGGGUCUGACGCCGAGACUGACGACGAUCAGGGAGAAGCUCGGAAUCUCGGCGGACUACCUGGAGCCCCAAUUCCCGACGCUCACGUUCCCGAACCAUUGGUCGAUGCUCACAGGUCUUUACCCAGAGUCACAUGGGAUCGUUGCUAACGACUUCCGCGAUUCUAAACUGGGCAAAAGCUUUAGUAACAUCGAUCCUCAUAGAUCUUGGGACCCAGUCUGGUGGGGCGGCGAACCUAUCUGGGCGACCGCUACUAAACAUGGGAUCCGAACCGCUAUCUCGAUGUGGCCAGGUCCCCCUUAUACCAUCGACAAGACUCGUCCCACUUAUUGGCGUGCAUUCGAAGAUCGAUAUAAAUGGUGGAAGAAAAUACGGCAGCUCGAAAAUUGGCUAGACUUGCCAGUGAAAGAUCGACCGGAGUUGAUAGCCUUAUAUGUACCAGAUGUAGACCAGAUGGGUCAUCAAUACGGUCCGACGGCCGAGAAAUUCAACCAAUCCUUACAGAGCGUCGACCGUUUUGUAGGCGCACUCUACGACAGUCUACAGGCCCGGAAUCUAAGCGAGAUUAUCGAUGUGGUGAUGGUCGGCGAUCAUGGGAUGAUGGCAACGAGCGAUCAGAGAAUCGUUUAUCUCGACCAGGUCUUGGGUCACACUUACUUCAAUCAAAUUCAGUUCCAAGAUGGUUGGCCGGCUGCUGGUUUAAGGUUCCUUCCAGAGGUUGAUACUCGGCCUAUCUUGGAAAGAUUGAUCGAACAAUCCAAGAUCUUGCCUGGUUUUGAAGUCUACACACAUCAAACGAUGCCCCAACGAUGGCACUACACUGCCAACGACAGAAUUGCACCGAUCUACGUGUUUCCUAAACCCGGUUGGGUGAUUAGUAAUACUCAUGAACAUCAGGUGGUCAUGAAUGGAACGUAUGAUGUUAAAGGAGUUCAUGGAUACGAUAACGAAGAAGAGAGCAUGAGGUCGAUCUUCAUAGGAUAUGGACCAUUUGCAAAUACCAUUAAGAAUAAUCAACUCCGCUCGAUUCGACAAUCAACUACUCAUCCACUUGUCGUUGGCAGACUCCCCAAGUUCUCUAACUUGGAGAUCUUCAGCCUGAUAUCUAAGUUACUCGAUCUCGACCGAUUCAUCGACUUUAAUCAACGUAACUGUUCAAUCGGGUUUUGGAACCAAUACUUCUAAUGUUCCCCCUUUCUUUUUCUUUGCCUUUACUUAUUCAAUCAAACUAAAAAAAAACAUGAACUAUUUGACUGGCUUUCGUAACUAGCAGCUCCUCUAAUCUCCGGCUUCUUUUUGUUUUGUAAAUAUUGUAUACAUCAAUCUUUACGUUUCACUUUUUUUUGGUGUGAUCAGGAGGAAGCUUGUUUAUGUCGUUAUCGUCAACAUACAUGUAUGAGAUACCCUCCCCCCCCCCCCCCCCCAUCUUCAUCUUGAAUCAACUCUUCCUUCUCUGUAUCUUUGUAGAUCUUUCUCCUCACAAUUCUCUUGCUCUCUUUGUAUUGCAUAUUCAUGGCCGGUUAGUCGUCUCCGGUCGAGGAUAC